AGCAGAUCCGUGAUGGAGACCCUAUCGCAGUUGACUUUUACGCAGCGGAGAUGAGCGCUCGGACAUACAAAUCCAACCCAACCAUGAAACUCAUAGUGCUCUUCACUGUCUCUCUGUCCUGGGCGUUCCAGCAGCAGGACCGACCUAAAUACCAGCACUGGGACCCAGUGACCACUGACCUCCUCCUGUGUGACCAGUGUCCACCGGGCACUGCGGUCAAGCACCAUUGUACGGCUCACACAGAGACAGUGUGCCAACCCUGUUCUGAGGGGCACUUCACCAUGAAUUGGCACUGGGGAGACAAGUGCCAACACUGCACCUCUGUGUGUAAGGAGAGACAGCUUGUGAAGCAGGAGUGUAACAGCACACAUGACCAGCUGUGUGAAUGCGCUCCAGGUUUCCAUCUAGUGGUCGAGUUCUGUAUCGCACAUACCACGUGUUCCCCAGGAUUUGGUGCAGCAGUCACAGGUACCCCUGUGAGUGACACAGUCUGCGAGCGUUGUCCUGCUGGACACUUCUCUGCAGGACACUCGUCCACAGAGCCAUGCAGACCACAUCAAAACUGCUCCAGUCUGGGACUGAAGACCCUUAGAUGGGGGACCUCCACUAUGGACAGUGUCUGUAGUCAGGACAAGACGGCUGCACUGGACUGCUACCACCAUCACUCCCUCUGCCACACUGAUGUGGCAUUGUGUGAAGAGGCAGCGUUCCAGUCUCUGGCCUCCCUGCGACUUUCCUCUGUCCCUCUGGAGAGGAUCCUGGAGCACCUGCCCGGGCGCAGAGUAGACCAUAAGAGCUUAGAGCGUCUGAAGAAGGUCUGCUCUCCUCAGCAACAGGUCUUACAGCUGCUGCGUCUGUGGAGAGAGCAGAACAAGGACCAGAGCAAACUCAACGUCAUUCAAGGAGUGAACCUGUGUGAGAGGAAGUUCUCCCGCUGCACUGGCCUUAAGAACAUGACUCUGAACGACCUUGUGCAGAUCAGGGACAGUCUCCCGGGGGCCCGUGUCCCUCAGGAACAUGUCCUGGCUGUGGUUCACACCUGCUCUCCACGACAGUUCCUACUGCAGCUACUUCACCUCUGGAAAUCUCUCAACUAUGAAGUGGAUAUGGCCAAAGGGCUGAGCCACAGUCUGAGGGUACUGCGCAACCAGGGGGCACCACGGCACCUGCUCAAAGGCCUCCGAAAAAUCCGACAGAUAAUAGGAAAGCCCUCAGUGCAUAAGAUAUAUGAGAAGAUGUUUGUCAACAUGCUGGAGGAUGAAUCCUGCUUCAAAAAACACAAGCCUUUAAAUGAAUAAUGAACUUAUGAGAACGUACAGAACGUACAUACAUCUACAAAGUGUCAAAAAGUCGUCCUUUAGACCUAGUCUAGAAGACAUUGGCACUCUCCUGGAGGACUGAGGGACUGCACAGACAUGAAAGAAGUAGUUAUGUAUGUUUAUGUGUUUAACACAGAUAUAAAUUCAAGGGAUGUUUGUUAUUUUAAAAAAGUGAAGCCUCUAUCUGUGCUUUUAUGUACAAUGAAAUACAUAAAAGAGGCAAAUUGUCCAAUUUUAUAAGAAAAUAGAAAAAUACGAAAAUUUGAUGUUUUUGACUGAAUUAUGUGAAACGUUUAAACUAUUUAAGAUGUAAAUAGCACAAUUUGUGGAUAAAUAUGCAGCAGGUGUAAUAUAAUUGCUUUCUCACUUGGAGAGAAAGGAUUUGGUUUCAUAAUGAAAUAUGUUUAUAUUAUUCUACAGUCAUUUUUUUGUGUUUGGUUUAUUUUGGACUGUUUGUAAAUAAAGCCUAUUUUUUUAUAUGUGUGUUUCUUGAAUGUACAAAGUAGUGCAAUUGUUUUAUAUUUAAAAUAAUUUGACUUUAUAUAAAGGGCUUGUUGUUUGAAUACUGGAUUACAAAUGCUGCAAGUUUAUGAAGUAAUAUUUGUUUUAUAGUUUGUGUCACAUUAAUAUGAAUGUUGGGUUAUGUAGAUAAAGAUGUACAUAUUGCGUGAGACACCGUCAUUUCUAAGCUUUUGUACUUUCUGAACAUUUUAUUAAACUG